UUUUGUGUGACAAUGUGCAAUUCACACUCCGACCUGUGAAAGGCAGCAAUACUUGUAUAGUCUGCCGGAAACUCACACAAAGUAGUACACGGAAGUGAACAAGAACAAUUUCCACGAUAGCGUUUUUUUUUUAGACGUUUAUAAACAUCCUGGAACUUAAAAUAUUACUAAUUUAACUGCACAGCAUCACAUACUUACCACUUGUAGCGUUUAAUUCGCGUUGGAGACAGGACUUGGUUGAUAGAUGUUAUCUAGGUAACGCUACCUAGCUAGCUGCUAACGUUAGCUAACAAUGGCUAACUGUAUGGUUUUUCACACUCAAAUAGCCUCCAUCAUGGAGGUGCUAGCGAAUGCAGCCGUAGCAGAGAUCUGUAAACUCGUAGAUGACGACUAUGCAGUAUUUCGUUUGGAAAUAACUCAAAGCCAGAAAGAAAACAGGGCUUUGCGGAGGAAACUACUGGAACUGAAGGUGGCACGGGAGCGCGCAGAGAGGACAGUGCGAGAGCGUGUCCUCGCCAGUCGUCCCAGGAGUGUCAAGAUCCUCGACCGAUACAAAGGAAUGGCAAGAGGUGAAGGACAUCACACUGGAGGCCACAGGAGUUUUGUCAAACCAGCGGGACACAACACAUGGAGAGAUGACCAACCAAUAACUGUUGAUGAGAGGAGUGGAACCUCAACCCAGCAUGUUAUCGUGAUAGAGUCUACAGAUGCAGAGGCUGCAGGUCCUGGGGUCAAGCAGGAGAGGUCUGAAGGAGAGGAGGACCCACGGCACAGCAGAGACAUCCAGACUGGAGCAGCGUCUGGAGUUCCCCCUGUAGCCACAGAGGACCCCACCACCGCCCCAGCGCAGCCCAGGACCCGACGAAGCAUCACGGAGGUCAGUGGAACGCUGAAUGCCGUCCUCAAGUCAGAGACAGACACAGAGACUUUAACUGUAACACACAGGCUCUUACACACAGGAUCUGACCUCAGAUCAGAGAGACAGGGUCUGGGGAGUCUGGGCUGUCCUCCUGCUCCCGGCUCAGAAUAUUUACCGGUAUUUCACCAGAACCAGAGAACGGUUAAUUUCCGUGGGGAUGUUGAUGGUGAUGCAUUAGACACUGGCAGUGAUGAUCCAUCUUGUUCUUAUAUUACAGAGAUGGACCCUAGCAACAUGCCCUUGGGUUUAGAGACACAGACUGAUCUGUCUAGAGGGGACUGGAACCGGUACAGUAGUAGUGUAUACUCUGAAGGGUGCUUAGAUAAGAAAGGGGAGGUUAUAGUGGUAGAUGAGGUGAAAGUGGAGGGCGACGCUCCUCCAACAUGGAAUGCAGAUAGUCACCUAGGAGACGGACACUCACAGGGCAGAUAUUUCUUAGAUUACAGGGGAAGCUUAGAGACUAAUCUAAAUGUCACCACCCACUCCUCUUUACAUGCGUUCAGGGAUGAUGACCCAGUGUUCACGUCGAUGGCACCUUCCGAUUCACAGGGCCACGUCCUUUUCGAUCAGGUAUUAAACUCAAAUGACAGGUCUAGAGCCCAGGCUCAGGGAGGGGGAGCCACAUCAGGCAAUAAUAAAGAGAAACGAUUCCUCUGCACGUUCUGUAACAAAGGCUUCAGCUGCCCCCAGAAGGUGGAGAGGCACCAGAGGGUCCACACAGGGGAGAAACCCUACAGCUGUACCCAGUGUGAGAAGAGGUUCUCCCGCCAGGACAACCUAAAGAUGCACCAGAGGGUCCACACAGGGGAGAAACCCUUCAGCUGUACCCAGUGUCACAUGCGCUUCGCCCUGGCUGGCAACCUGAAGAUGCACCUGAAGGUCCACACGGGAGAAAGGCCAUUUGCCUGUACGCACUGCGGGAAGAGGUUCUCCGAGAGAAGAUACCUCAGGAUACACCAGCAGAAAAACCAUGCCACUCUAUGAUAUAGAAAGUAACCAUUCCACUCGAUAGCUUCUGACAUUUAGAUCAAACCCUGCAUUAAAGACAAAGAUGAAUUUAUUGUCAGCAGAAAAGAUCCACUGAUUACUUUUGACUUAUCAUAGCUUACUUUUUUUUAUCCACAACAUUCUAUUUAUGUCCACCGUGAUGGGUUUAGCAACAAUGAUUGUCAUUCAGUAACUACAGUAUAGGACUGGGGAUGGGUAAACUCUCCAUGUUGACAGUGUGUUUAUUAUCUGUGUGUGCGUCUAUGUCUGUGUAAUCUGUAUCACCUCUCUCUUC